AAUCCGUGGACUGCGUCUCACCCUAGACGGUCUCUCCCUGGAGCUCUGUUGGAUCUGACUAUGGCAGAGUGAACCAAGCAGCCGAAAGUGGGGGUACAUGGAGCCUCCCUGACACUCAGGAGAGAAAAGGGUAGAGGUGUGUGUUCUGGGCCAGAGGAGCAGGAGAGAUGACCUGGGGGACCCUGUAUGCCCAGCUGGCUGGUGUGAACCGCCACUCCACCAGCCUGGGGAAGGUGUGGCUGUCUGUCCUCUUCAUCUUCCGUGUCACCGUGCUGGUCCUGGCGGCCGAAAGCGUCUGGGGGGACGAACAGAGUGACUUUGUCUGCAACACCCUGCAGCCGGGCUGCGAGAACGUCUGCUACGACCACUUCUUCCCCGUGUCCCACAUCAGGCUCUGGUGUCUGCAGCUUGUCUUCGUCUCCACGCCCGCUCUCCUCGUCGCCAUGUACGUGGCCUACCGUAAUCACGGCGACAAACGCCAGGUCCUGCAGCAGGGUUCAGUCGGGGGGCGUUGCCGCAGCGACAAGGCCCAGGCGGCCCAGGAGGCUGAGCUAGAGAGUCUGAGGAGGCGGAGGCUGCCAAUCGCCGGGCCGUUGUGGUGGACGUACGCCUGUAGUCUGGUCUUCCGCCUGCUGUUCGAGGGAGGCUUCAUGUAUGCUCUGUACGUGUUGUACGACGGCUUCCAGAUGCCCAGGCUGGUCCAGUGUGACCAGUGGCCCUGUCCUAAUGUGGUGGACUGCUUUGUCUCCCGCCCCACAGAAAAAACUGUCUUCACCGUUUUCAUGGCCGCCUCCUCCUGCGUCUGUAUGGCUCUCAACAUGGCCGAACUGGCCUACCUGGUCGCCAAGGCUAUCGCUCGGUGCCCGUCAUCACAACGCAGAGGAGGGAAACAGAAAGGGAAGGGUGCAAACUGUUCCUCAACCUCUUCCAAAGACAAGACUCUGCAGCAGAACAAGAAGAAUGAGAAGUUGUUGUCGUCCUCUUCGUCUGGGUCCACCUGCAGCAAGGCGGUGUGAGGACGGAGGAGCUAUAGACACAGCGUACAUAUUCACACACAGACGUGCAAAACAUAAGUAGCCUACAGUACACACACAAACACACCGAAUCAUAAACAUGUGUGAACACUGUGUAGUCCACUCCAGACAUGCACAGAAGAUCUCCUUCCCUAGUCACUGGAGUCACUCCGCCAUCUAGUGGCCAAUAUUCACACAUGGCCACUGACCACUCAUAGGCGAAGACAGACAGACAGACAGACAGACAGACAGACAGACAGACAGA